AUGGUUGAACGAAGACCUUCAUUACUCUUUGAUGAAUAUCAGGAUUCUAUUGCUAAACCUAAUGAGACAAAGAAUAAAGACGGCAAGGCCCUGUCUAAGAACAUCAGUACUGCCGCGCAAUCAGGGUUGGAUCCAAAGGAGGUAUCUGUCGAUGAUAUGGAUAUGAUUUCUUUGCCUACAGCCUUUGAUAGGCAAAUGAUUUUAGGUUCGCCCAUGUUUUUCGAUCCUGAGGAUGAAGAGAACAAAAUUGACCCCAUCCCUUCUAUAUCUCAUCAUGUAAAUGGUGAAAAUGAUUACUUUGAUUCGUCAUAUUCCCCCCCGAAUCUUAAAACUGAGGAAGUGGUUAAAGACCUCUACGUUAACCCAUUUGAGUUGGUUUCCCAAAUGAGAAGAAAAUAUAUUACAACUUCCAAACAAGAUGGGGUUUCCAACAAUAAAAAUGACAUUCAAAACUGGUUAUUGUAUCCUAAGCCUCUACCCAAGUUUUGGAAAUUUGAAGAUGAUAAACGAUUCCAGGAUCUCUCUGACUCUGAUUUAAAUGAGAUCGGAGACGGUUCAGGGCCAGGAGCCCCUACGCCGCAUCAUCAUGGUUACUACUACCCUAGUUACUUUACAGACCACUAUUACUACACGAACUCUGAUCUAACAGGAAGAAGCAAGGCAAAAGUGCCAUAUACCGGUGAGUACUUUGAUUUGAAUCACUACAAAGAACAGUUUGUUGCCCAUCUAAACGAUCAAAAGAAUACGCAAAAUUCAUGUCAGCCUCCCAAUUCUGGCGAAGAAGAAUAUUUAACAGAUGUGCCUACAUUCCAAGAAUUCAGGGAUGAUUUUACCUACACCAUAGAGCUAAUUCAAUCUCACAAAUUUAAUGAGAUUUCGCGCAAGCGACUUUCUUAUCUAUUAGAUAAAUUUGAACUGUUUCAGUACUUAAACUCUAAGAAAGAGAUUUUAGCCAACAAAAAUGUUCCCUACAGAGAUUUCUACAAUUCUCGUAAGGUAGAUAGAGAUCUAUCUUUGAGUGGUUGCAUUUCUCAACGUCAAUUGAGCGAAUAUAUCUGGGGAAAAAUAAACUUGGAGCCUGAUAGAAUAGUUUAUCAAGACCCGGAAACAUCAAGAGAUUUCACAUUGAAGGAUAUCUUUCAGUUUGGCUGUUCUUCUGACGACCAGCCUAUCGCAAUUGGACUAAAGUUGAUUGAUGAUGAAUUUUUGGAUUGGUAUAGGAAUAUUUAUUUAACAGACUAUCAUUUGACACCUCACAAAGUGGCGAAUCUGGCCGGUAAAGAAAUGAGAUUUUAUCUACUAGCUAAAGUGUUUCUUGAGUUUGAUAACUUCAUUGAAGGUGAGUAUUUAGCGGAAAUUUUCAUAAAAUACGUUAUUCAUAUCCUGGAAAAAUCAAAAUACCAAUUGGCUCAAGUAUCCGUUAAUUUUCAGUUUUAUUCCAAAGGUGAAGAUUGGUAUAAAAAGUUCUCGCGAUGGUUGCUACGAUGGAAGCUAGUGUCGUACAAUGUCCGCUGGAAUGUACAAAUUACCAGAAUUUUUCCCAAAUUAUUCGAGGAGAAUGUUGUAUCAAAUUUUCAAGAUUUUUUGGAUCUCAUCUUCAAUCCUUUAUUCAUAUUAGAAAAGGAGGAGAUGAUGGAUUCAUCGGUCGAUCCCGAUAUUAUUGCUUUGCAGUUUUUUUUAUCAAACGUGUGUUCUAUGGAUUUGGUCAUUAAAGAAUCAGAUGAAUAUUAUUGGAAAGAAUUUACGGAUAUGAAUUGUAAGCCGAAAUUUUGGGCUGCACAAGGUGACAAUCCAACAAUUGCGCAUUACAUGUACUAUAUCUACAAAAAUUUAUCGAGAUUGAAUUUUCUGAUGUCGCAAUAUUCUCAAAAUACAAUCAUUUUGAGAAAUUACUGUUCUCCACUAUCUAGUAGAACUUCCCAGUUUGGGGUGGACUUAUAUUUCACAGAUCAAGUAGAAUCAUUGGUGUGCAACUUACUGCUUUGUAACGGAGGAUUGUUGCAGGUGGAACCGCUUUGGGACACGGCAUCAAUGAUACAAUAUUUAUUCUACCUUUUCCAAAUCCCCAUCCUAGCUGCCCCAUUAUCUUCUGUGUCAUUGUUGAACUCACAAAAAUUUUCUCCCGUGAAUAGUAAAAGCAUGCUUUUAGAUCACGAUUAUCACGAUUACCUGAAAGAUCGGGCGAUCACCAAGAUUAACCCCUCUAGAGAUAUUACUGUUGGCGAACAAAGGUCAUAUGAAACAAAUCCUUUUAUGAAAAUGUUUAAAAUGGGAUUGAAAAUCUCUUUAUCAUCGAGGUCGAUUCUUUAUAAUAGCUCCUACACGCUAGAACCUCUCAUUGAAGAGUACAGUGUCGCGGCAAGUAUUUACUUACUAAACCCAACAGAUUUAUGCGAACUAGCAAGAACAAGUGUGUUGUCCAGUGGAUAUGAAGGUUGGUAUAAAGCUCAUUGGAUUGGCGUUGGAAUAAAAAGGACCUCCUUCUUUGAGGAGGACGUUGGCGGAAUCGAUAACUGGUAUGAUACAGCAGAAGAUACUUCAAUAAAGCACAAUGUACCGAUGAUUAGACGAGGAUACAGAAAAGAGACGCUGAAUCAAGAAUGGGGCUUCGUCCGGGAUUACUUUGGAGUGAUCAAUUCCAUAUGGUAA